CCCUUGCAGCGGCGGAAAGGAAAGGUCAAGUAAAGUCCUUUAUUCUAUGAUAUGCAAAGCAAUUGUUUGUAUGUACAUAUGAAUGCAUACAGAUUUUAUAAAGCGUAAGUGGGUUUAUAUGGCGUAGCGGAGUGCAAUGAGACGGGUCUCCGUUACAGCUCGGGGUGUACUUGCAUAUCCGUAGUUAUUGAAAGGAACCCACAUUCGCAUUGAUAUUUACACGUUUAAAGGAAAUAAUAGUAGGCAAGAUUCAAAGACAGGUGUUUUUUGCACAUCAGAGAAAUUGCGUCGUUAUUUGAGAGUAGAUUCGCCGGGAUAAUCGUAGGCCUCUCCUUCUUUGGUCUCCCUUUUAUAUCAACAGAUAAGAAAACGUUUCAACCCGCCGUAAAAUGGCAACAACAGCCGAUACCGUUACCAUGACGACUGGGGUGACAGACGACAAUCCGUAUAAUCUGUAUCCAGCCAAUGAAGGUCUGGCUUCUUGGGACCUUGUGGUGGUUGCUGUUUAUUUCUGUGCUGUCAUUUGUGUGGGAAUAUUUGCCAUGUGUCGAGCUUCAAGAGGGACAGUCAGUGGAUACUUCCUUGCUGGACGCUCCAUGACGUUCUUACCGGUUGGUGCAUCCUUGUUUGUGAGUAAUAUCGGAAGUGAACACUUCAUAGGAUUGGCGGGGUCGGGAGCGGCUGGUGGUAUAGGUGUGGGCGCAUGGGAGUUUAACGCCAUUCUGCUUCUCCAGUUGCUGGGCUGGGUGUUUAUUCCAGUGUACAUAGCAUGCGGGACAUACACAAUGCCCGAGUACCUGAAGAAGAGGUUUGGCGGAAGUCGACUCCGAGUCUAUUUCGCUUUUCUCUCGCUGAUACUGUAUAUCUUUACAAAAUGUUCCGUGGAUCUGUAUACCGGUGGCUUGUUCAUACAACAGUCGCUGAAGUGGGACCUUUACCUGAGCAUCCUGGUCCUUAUUCUGGUCACUGCUAUUCUAACAAUUACAGGUGGCUUGACUGCUGUCAUAUAUACCGACACAUUACAGGCUUUUUUGAUGGUAGGGGGCGCCCUCACUCUGAUGGGAAUGAGUUUCUGGAAACUUGGAGGCUACGGUGAACUGGUUCGCACCUUCCCACAGGCCAUACCGACAAAACUGGUCGCCAAUCAGACCUGCGGCAUCCCUCCGUCCAACGCCUUCCAGAUGCUGAAGGAAGCCAGGGAUAACGACAUGCCAUGGGCGGGGUUCCUCUUUGGGCAGACCCCUGGCUCCAUCUGGUAUUGGUGCAGCGAUCAGGUUAUCGUCCAGAGAGCGCUGGCUGCUAAGAGUCUUUCCCACGCACAGGGGGCGACACUUAUGGCGGGAUUCAUCAAGAUACUCCCGCUGUUCAUGAUGGUGAUGCCAGGCAUGAUCAGCAGGGUGUUCUACCCAAAUGAAGUGGCAUGUGCUGAUCCAGAAGAAUGUUACAAAAUUUGCCAAAGCUAUGCGGGUUGCACUAACAUUGCCUACCCUAAGCUGGUACUGGGAGUCAUGCCCAUCGGUCUUAGAGGACUAAUGAUGGCGGUGAUGAUCGCUGCUCUGAUGAGUGAUCUGGACUCCAUCUUUAACAGUGCCAGCACACUGUUCACCAUUGACGUCUGGAAACGGUUCCGUAAGCAAGCAACAGUGCGGGAGUUAAUGAUAGUGGGACGGGUCUUCGUGCUCGUCAUGACGGCUGUGGCGGUUGCCUGGGUACCGGUUGUCAAGGAGAUGCAAGGUGGUCAGGUGUUCAUCUAUAUCCAAGAGGUGACCAACUACCUAGCGCCUCCUGUUGCCGCUAUUUUCAUCCUUGGGGUCGUAUGGCCCAGAAUUAACGAGCAGGGCGUAUUUUGGGCAUUAAUGGUGGCCUUGCUAACGGGGGUCACUCGCCUGGUCCUCGUGUUCAUUUGGCCAGGCGCACAGAAGUGCGGGGAUGUCGACGACAGGCCGGCCAUAAUCAAGGAUUUCCAGUACAUGUACUUUGCCAUGCUGUUGUUCUGGAUGACUGUCAUUGUCGCUGCCAUCGUCAGUUACUGUACGGAGGCUCCGGAAGAGAAACGCUUGAUCCGCACGACAUUCUGGACGCGGCAUGACAAUCGUGACAGAGAGGAAGUGAUAAUGGAGUCCAAGUCCGGCAUGCAUUUCGACGAUAUCUCUAAGGCAACCACCAACUCCAUGGAAACGGGGCUGGAUAACCCUGGCUUGGAAAAGGGGGAAAGUAAUUCAACCCUAGAUUCUGACAAACAAAAACCAGUGUUUACCGUGUCCGCGGAAUCAGUAAACAGGUACAAUCCUGGUAAUACAUCGGAUGAAGUGGAAUGGGAGUCUCGUCCAUGGUAUAGCAAAGCCUGUGAUUGGUUGAUUGGUAUUCACCAAUCACCUGGAGAAUCGCAACGUCAGCAAGAGCAACAAUGUCGUCUGCUUAAGAUAACGUCACUGAAACAAUCACGUGCUGCAAAAAUCGGUCUUAAUAUUGGGCUGGUUUUUAUUUUGUCUCUAGGUGUCGCAUUGUAUUGUUUUUGGUCCUACUGGCAAUAUGUUCCGUAAAUUACGUGACAAAUAACCCCACCCUCCACCCACGUGCGCGCGCACAAACACACACACACACAUUAGACCACAUGUAUGUAAGCUGUAAAUCGUAAAUCACUCAAAAAUGUCAAAGCCACUCAACUGCAAUAAUUAUCUUUCGUCAUAAAAAGGCCUAUUUUGAUUAUGUUGAGAUUAUUCCCUUUAAUUAUCAUAAAAAUCCAUAGAUCUUUAUUGCAUAAAUGCACAAUGGUAUCACACCCCACCCCUCCCCCAAUCUCUUAACAUCUCAUUAGAUUGAUAGAUCUCGCAGGUUCUCUUAGCCAACUCAAUUUGGAAUUUGGAUUUGCAACACGGCGGUGACGUGGGUCUCUGACGACAGUUCAGUGACAGGUUUAUUACCCUAUGAAAAAGUUACACGUAAUAUAUUCAAGUCAGAUCGUACCGAGAUGUGUUGCUACGUUUCUGAAAGAAGCACUUGCCUUAACUGAUAACCGUGAGAUAAAACCAGUAGCUGGAGACCUAGUAAAUUUUCAAUUAGACGUACUCUAGCUAUUGCAUCAAAUUAAUAAAACGCUUACAGGCUCUCUUGAUAAACCUAAGUUUCAGCCGUACUGCUGAAAACUCUAAAAUCAAAAUAUUUUUAGUCAAAAUGGCGAAAAUUUACAUCUUGUCAUGGCAUUUUCCUUUCACAAAAGUAUUUCUUUUUUUACAUUUCAUGAACGUUAUCCAAAUAUCAUAGUAGCAGAGGGGCAGAUCCAGGAUUAUUUGAAGGGGGGAGGGGGUCCACAGAUGCUAAGCUGACCCCUCCUCCUGUAGUAUAAAGCUUAUGUAACGUACACAAGCAACAAAUGACAUUACUUCUUCAAUACUAACCAAGAAAAUAUAGCAUGAGGCUUACGUUAUGUACUGAAGCUGCAAAUUAUAUUACUUCUUAAAUACUUAUACUGAUUUUUCAAAAAAAAAAAAAAAAAAAAAAAAAAA